AAUUGGUAACUGGGAUGUUUAUUCUACUCUGGCUAAUAAGGGGACGCUGGAUACAUUUUGGUGAAAUGAAAGGGGGGGGACUAAGGAGUACUAAAAAAACUCUAUUAGAUGGGAACAUCUGUAGGGCAGAUGAUUUGUGGAUUUAAUCUCUACGGAAAAAGCGGGAGGGGGCGUGAUGAGGACACAGGAGUUAGUUUACUGAUGCGGCACCAGCGCUUUUCAUUGUUGAUUGGAUAUAAAUAUUGUAGAUAUUCCUAUUUGGAUUCUGAUACUCCACUCCAAACGUCCUCAAGCCUUGUCGUGAUAAAGCACUUUAGGUGCACAUUUUUGCGAGUAAUAUGUUAUUUCCUGCUCUGCUGCUGCUGGCGCUGUCUUCGGUGUUAGGUUCAAAAGAGUGCCCUCACCACUGUCUCUGUUACGAACACUCGGAUUUGGUGGACUGCCGAGCGCGCGGGUUCCUCCAAGUGCCCCAUGGCCUGUCCCAUGGCACCUGGCUGCUGGACCUGGGUGGCAACUCUCUGAUGGAAGUGCGGAGCCGUGCCUUUGCCGGACUUUGGUCACUGCGGAUCCUGGUGCUGUCUGACAGUGGAAUCCAGCUGCUGCAGCCCGAGGCCUUCUACUCCCUCUCCUUUCUGGAGAAGCUGGACAUGAGCCGUAACAAACUGCGCCGGCUGCCGUUGGACUUCUCCCAGAGUCUGUCCUCGGUCCGGGAGCUCCGUCUGGACCACAACACCCUUGAGUGGCUAGAAGUCUCCAGCCUGGAGCACCUGGAGAGCCUGGAGAAGCUGGACCUCAGCCACAACCACAUCACCUUCCUGCAGCCAGGAGCCUUCCGGGGCCUGUCUCGCCUACGCCACCUCUACCUCCAUGCCAACCAGCUGGGAGCUGUGCGCCAUGGUUCCCUGUCCAUGCUGCCCGUCCUGGAGGCUCUGCAGCUGGGCCAGAACAACAUCACUCACAUCGACACGGAGGCUCUGGCUCCCCUGCACAGUCUCACCCUUCUGGGCCUGGAGGGAAACCAGCUGCAGCACCUUAAGUUCAAGACCUUCCUGAGCCUCCACACGGCCGGCACCCACCUGCAGCUAGCUGGCAACCCGUGGAACUGCGACUGCGACCUGCACCGGGUCUUCAGCAAGCUGCUGAGUGUGCGCCACCUUCACGUUGACGACUACCACAACGUGACGUGCCACGAGCCUCUGCAGCUGGCGGGCGCCUCGCUGGCGUGGGUGGACAGUCAGUUGUGCAUGGCAGAGACGGCCACCGUGCUGGUCAUCACCGUAACGGUGCUGGUGACCGUGUUGGCAGCUGUGGUCAUGGCCGAGCACACCCGCAAGAAGAACCAACAUGGCGGCAAGAGCUGGGAUGCUGAGUCGCAGACCCAGGAGAGGUGACUGUCAUGAGGGAGGGACACUGAGUGAGUAAUAAGUUCCAUAGAUGCAUUUUCCCUCACCGAUCUAGGUUCACAUUUUACACCAUGCUCCCUGGUCAUUUUAUGUUUGAAGAAGAAAAAAAAGAACAGGGCCAUUUCCUAUCCACAGCAAACUGACUGUGAGAGUUCGUAACACACCUCAGGCUCAGACUGCUCCUUAACAUUCAGUUGAACUUGUGGCGCUCCUUCUCUCUUCUACAUCGUGGUCAUAACGUAUGGCCCAUUCUGGUUCCAAGAGUCUGAGAAACAAUAUUUUAGAGUAUGAGCAGUUUUGUAUGAUAUAUCUAGAAGUCUGUGACUUAUGGAACUUGAGGAAGGGACAUCAAUUAUUUUUCGGUGUAUCAUUUAACUACCCGAAGUGUUUGACUGCCUACAAUUUAUCCUGUUAAUUUCUUUCUUAAAAGUACAGUACAGUGUUUAUUUUUCUCUUUAAUGUCUAUUCCAUUUCUGCACGCUGUUGAGAAAACAUGGGUGUCAUGUUUCAAAUGUAGGCCUAUACUCAAAGUACAGUAGUUAUUUUUUGUCUCAUGAAUGAUGUAUCUUCUAACACAUGCAUAGGUUCGAUAGUGAAUGUAUUGUAUACAGAUGGUAAUAAAGUACGAUUCUCUUUUUUGACUCCA